AUGGAACUGAUGAAAGUUGUCGAGGUUGUUGUGAGGGAACAGGUCGAUCCCAUCGCUAGUGGCAUAGUGCCUGAACUGAUCGAAUCGUUCUUGGAUAAUUCCAUUCGAUGGACUGUUCAGAAGGCAGCAUGUAGCGGGUACCUUACGCUGCUAAAACGGCUGGGCAAACGGGACGCCGCAAUUUCUGAGCAUGGUUUUGACUGGUCAAUGAGGAUAGCCGCAACGGAAGGUUACCUCAAUGUCAUACAGUGGCUUACACACUACCGUCCCGAAAUAAAAAUCUCAACUCGUGUCAUGGAUGCUGCUGCAUUGCGCGGCCAUUUGAAAAUAAUCAAGUGGUUACACGAAAAUCGUAGCGAGGGUUGCUCUGUUCACGCAAUGGAUAGUGCUGCAGCAAGUGGUCAUCUUGAAGUUGUCCAAUGGUUGCACAAGAACCGGAUGGAAGGCUGUACAACAGGAGCGAUUGACACUGCUGCUGCCGGUGGUCAUUUAGAAAUGGUGCAAUGGCUUUGGACGAAUCGUACGGAAGGAUGCACAACAGUUGCUGUUGAUUUUGCAAUUUACAAUGGCCACUUUUCCGUUGUUAAAUGGUUUAGCGAACUCGCCGAUUUUCAACCUCGGCAUGCCAAGCACACGAUGAGGCUGACGAGUUGUAAGCAUGACAAUGCUUGUAUCAACAAUCAGCUACCGAGUCAAGCAACGACUUAUUAA